AUGGCUACCACAAUGCUACUUGCUGCUGCUGCCAUCCUCUGGGAACCUUCUAUCCAUUCAUUGAGGGCACCCUAUUAUCUUCAAGACCUCCCACAGUCCCAGUUCCAGCAUAUUCUUCAUUUACAUCAGCCUAGAUAUGUGAAUGUCUGCCAUGUCUCGCAGCUUAACUACUUUCAAGCUUUUUCAGCCAAAACACAAAAAGUGAAAAUUCAAGUUACAUCUCAAAAGAAACAAUCAGAGAAGAAGGAUGAAAAAAAACAGAAAGAAACUCGCCAGAUAGCCAAAAAUGCAAAAAUUGGAGAGAAUAAGCCUAUAGCAGGAGCAGGAGCAGAAGACUUAGAGAAAAGGGUCAAAAAAGCGAAAAUUAGAAGGAGAACUCACCAAAGGGAGGAGGAAAAAAAAGAUAUGGUCAAAGAGGAAUACAAAGGAUAA